GUCAUGACACUCUAACCCAAAAACACACAUGGGAGCAUGAGAUUAUCUUGAAUGCUGAUGUGGCCGAUUGCAAAUGAAGCCACAUGAGACAUUGGAAUGAGAAAGGAUGUAGAGGAUCUUUCUGCAUGUGGAAGCUAAUCAUCCAAACAAUCUUUGAUAUCCAAUAUCAGCCAAUCAGCUUCAAGCAAAGGGCCACGUGUCGCUGCCACAUACUAAUAAAACCAAUGCAGGAUGGCAUCUAACAGAACAAAAAAAGGCCAUCUUCUUCCCUCUCUGUCACUCACUCUUUCCCGAUGACCAUGCGCACAGCAGCAACAUUGCAAUCUUCUUUAUGUUUCUCUUCGCCAAAACCUUCAUCUCCUCCCACUUCAAAUUCCCACCAACCAAACACCCAGUUAGCAGCAAAGCCUAAAAGUCUACUCCAAAAGCACCCACUUUACACUCCAGCCCAUAAAAAUCUCUCCCUCCAAAUCAAAGAGAAAAUUCUGUGUCUUGAAAUAAUGGGUGUUGAUUCUGGUAAAGCACUAUCCCAAAACCCAUCUCUUCGCUCAGCUACUCUCCACUCGAUCCAAUCCAUAGUCUCCUUCCUCCAAUCCAAAGGCAUACACCAAAAGGACCUGGCUAAGAUAUUUGGUAUGUGCCCCAAGAUCCUUACUUCUAACAUCAGUUCUGAUCUUAACCCAGUUUUCAACUUUCUUUCCCAAGACCUUAAAGUCCCAGAACAAAGCUUUAGAAAGGUUAUCAACAAAUGCCCAAGAUUGCUUGCUUCCAGUGUGAGAGACCAACUCAAACCAGCUCUGUUUUAUCUUCAGAGACUUGGGUUUCAGGAUUUGGAUGCCUUGGCUUACCAUGACUGUGUGUUGCUAGUUUCUAGUGUGGAGAAAACUUUGAUCCCAAAAUUUAAGUAUUUGGAGAGUUUGGGUUUCUCAAAGGAAGAUGCUGUGGGGAUGAUCUUGAGGUGCCCAGCGCUGUUCACUUUCAGUAUUGAGAAUAACUUUAAGCCGAAGUUUGAGUAUUUUUCUGUGGAGAUGGGAAGGAAAUUGGAGGAGCUGAGGGAUUUUCCUCAGUACUUUGCUUUCAGUUUGGAGAAGAGGAUAAAGCCAAGACACAUGGAAGUUGUGGAGAGUGGAGUGGAAAUGUGUUUGCCAUUGAUGCUUAAAACCACCGACGCUGAGUUUAAAGAGUUGAUAAGGGAAGGAGGUGGUGGAUAGCUAGCGAGGGCCACUUCUUUCCCUUUCUUUGUUAUCUUCUAGCUUUGUACAUUUAACAUUUUAAGGGCCCUGUUAUUACUAUUAUGAUUUUUUUA